GGGAGAUUUCCUGCCUACUAUUUUAUCCCAAUAAAAAUUCCAUUCGUUAGGGAAAAGGGGCGUUAGCAAUCCUUUGCGACCUCGGCUACACGUGCAACUGGUCACAAUGGGAGACCCGUGGGUGAUACAGCCACACGAGCAUGCGAAGUUUGCGGAGCACUUCCGGAACCUCGGCCCGACCAAUGGGAACCUGAGCGGGGAGCAGGCUAAGCGGUUCAUGUUGCAGUCGCAACUGCCGCCACCAGUUCUUGGACAGAUAUGGUCCUUGGCUGACUGCAAUGCUGACGGAAAGCUGGACCUCAAGGAAUUCUCUAUUGCUUGCAAGAUAAUCAAUUUGAAACUGCAUGGUAUUGAAGUACCUAAGGUGCUGCCGCCAUCUUUGCUGGGAUCACUCAGUCCUACAGUACCCCCAAAACAAGCGUUCCCUGCUCCAGCGAAGCCCCCAAUACCUCCAAUGCCCUCAGUCCCCCAGCAACCUCUAAUCGGGGGUAUGCCACAAGGGGUCAUACCCCCACAAGUACCUCAGCAACCAGCUUCGCUACUGGGUGACUUCGGACAACCAACCAGACCGACCGUACCUGACCUCAUAUCCGGGGUCAAACCUAUGACCCAACCUAUAGCACCGGUCAUGCCUACACAACCAGUUGUACCUACACAACCAGUUAUGGCUUCGCAACCAGUAAUGCCAGCUUCGCCUUUGAUCCCAAGCCAGCCAAUGGCCGCUCCAAUGAUACCAUCUCAACCACAUCAACCUAUAAUAUCAAGUCAGCCGUUGGCACAACCGUUGGGGCAACCAAUAUUGCCAAGUCAGCCCGGGCAACCAAUAAUACCAAACCCACCAAUGGUACAGCCAAUUGUACCCCAAGGAAUGGCCCAGCCUAUGGCCCCAACUCAACCUCCACUGAUCUCGUCGCCACCAAAACCUUUAGUGUCCGGGACGACCAUGGGCUCGUUGGUUAGCAGCCCUCCAAAGCCUGUGAAUACGGUCGCGGGUUCGAUCCAGCCGGUUACUAGCACACCUAUAUCGGCUGUUAAAACUGAAGAGACUUCUAAGCCAGCGUCCCUGGCAGGGUCUGCUCACGUCUCGGCUGUGACGAGUCCCGUGGAGCCGCUGGGCGUCAUGAGUCCUCCAGCCGUCGCGGAGUGGGGCAUACCGCAACCGCAAAAACUCAAGUACACGCAACUUUUCAACGCGACAGACUUGCAGAAAAGCGGUUGGGUGUCCGGAGCGCGUGCGCGCUCUAUAAUGCUGCAAUCCCGACUGCCGCAAGCGGCGCUCGCACAGAUAUGGGCCUUGGCUGAUCUGGACUCCGAUGGUCGACUUGGCUGCGAAGAGUUCGUGCUAGCCAUGUACUUGUGUGAGAAGGCUACCCAGGGUGAACCGGUGCCCGCUAAGUUGCCGCCAGAACUCAUCCCGCCGACAUUUAGACGUCAGUCCGUAACCAGUAUUACUAGUAACCAGUCUUACGAAGAACGCCGCCGAGAAAAUAUGGCGCGAGGUCAGGCAGAGUUAGAGCGAAGACGCGAACAGUUGGAGAAAGAAAAGGCUGAGCGUGAGCGCAAAGAAAGGGAAGAAGCAGAAAAGAAAGAAAAGAUAAGACUGGAGGCACAGAAGAAGGAACAGGAGGAACUCAUGAGGAAACAGAAGGAGGAACAGGAAAAACGCGAGGCUGCAAGAAAGGAGAUGGAGAGGCAAUGCCAGUUAGAGUGGGAGAAAAAGAGAACUCGAGAGCUGGAAGCUCUCCGCACCGAAGAGCAGACUAAAGUCCUGAGCCUCAAAGCCAAGAGCCAGGCUCUAUCUGCAGAGCUGAGCACCGUCGCUACCAAGGCCGGCAACUUGGCUAAAGAAAUCCGCAGCAGUAGGACGGCCGUGGCCGCUGCCAAAUGCACUAUCGAUGGGAUGAGGUCUGAUCGCGACUCUAGCAUGGCUGAAAUGCAGCAGCUCAAAGCAAAAGUGAAAGAGCUGAACGCAAAGCAGAUUGCUCUUAACAAGGAGAAGGCUGAACUUGAUGCCAAGGCAAAGGCUUCAGAGGGCGCUGGUGAGGACGGGAAACUUAGCAUGAUGGAGGUCACACUCAAACAGCUUCGAGAUAAGGUCGAAGCAGCGAAAGCGAUCGUCGAAAGCAAGAAAACCGACCUUGACACCAACCAGACCCAACUGUCAGAGUUGACAGCGAGAGUGUCAGAGCUCGGUGACAAAUGUCAGAAAGUCUGGCAGCUGUAUGAGGAGAAACGGCAGGAAUACUUGGAGAGGAAGACCACAGCGCCCGCUGAGAGCGCCUGGGGAACUACUGACGCGGACUGGGGCACUUCGGACGAUGCGUGGGGUGAGCCAGCCGCAGAGACCGCUUGGGGCGAUGCGCCCGCCGCUACAGCUACGGAGACUGUGUCAUCGACCAUCACUUCAUCGUCAUCAUCGGCCCCUCGCUGGCGCUGCGUGUACGAGUUCACGGCUCGCACGGUUGACGAGCUCAGUCUACAGUGCGGAGAUCUGGUUAGCGAAGCCGUGGCACCAAGGGGCGAUGCAGAACCCGGGUGGCGAUGGGGCACCGCUAGAGGUCAAUCCGGUUGGUUCCCUGAAUCGUACGUGGAAGACAUCAACGCGGCGUCGGCUUACGCGACCGAGGUCAUUGAACCGCUGGAAACGAAGACGCAACUUGAAGGCAUCGAAGAAGUCCCUGAAGCUGAAAUCACUAAUGACCUUGGUGGGGCCAUGCCUGUUGUUGAGGGCGGUGAUUUCUACAUAGCGGCGUACCCGUACAACUCUGCGGAGCCCGGGGACCUGGUGUUCGAGGCCGGCGAGAGGAUCGAGGUCAUGCGGCGGGACGGCGACUGGUGGACCGGGCGCAUCGGCAACAGAACCGGCAUCUUCCCGUCAAACUACGUGACGCGCGACGCGACCACUACGUCGGAGCCCAUUGCACCCAUCCCCGAGGCUGUCGAGCCCGAGCCAUCCCCCGCUCCCGCGCUCGCCCCCGCCCCCGCGCCCGCUCCUGUGCUGCCCGCUGAACCCGUGCAGGAACAAAAAUCGUCCACACCGAUUUCAUCAGAAGUGGCGGCCAUCACGGACGCGUCUGUGCCGCGACCGGCGUCGGCGGCGCGACGCGAUUCCGGUCGCGACUCCGCGACGGGGCGCAGGAAGAACGAGAUCGCUCAGGCCAUAGCUGCGUACAACGCUACCAGUACCGAACAACUGUCCCUGACUAAAGGGCAAUUGCUGGUCGUCCGUAAGAAGGCCGACACCGGCUGGUGGGAGGGCGAGCUGCAAGCCAAGGGCCGGAACAGACAAGUGGGCUGGUUCCCUGCGAGCUACGUCAAGGUGUUACAAUCUUCGGGCCGCACCUCAGGUAGAACGACCCCGGUGCUAUCGUCAAAAAUGGACACCAUGCCUGCCGAGACGGUCAUCGAUAAGGUGAUCGCCCUGUACCCUUACACGGCACAGAACGCGGACGAGCUCAGUUUCGAAAAGGACGACAUCAUCGCAGUCACCGACCGCAGUCAGGACCCGGCUUGGUGGCAAGGCGAACUUCGCGGCAUGACAGGAUUAUUCCCGAGCAACUACGUCACCAAACUAGUUAACUAAAUACUUAUAACCAAAUACCGUCACCACACUGAUAAACUGUAGAUCAGUUAAACCAUAGAUUAAAAUGUAAGAUCAUACCAUCCCAUACAUUAAAAUGCGACCGCCUAAGAACGCGCGUACACUACACCACACAUAGAUGGCGCUACAAAAGAAUGUCUUGUAGCUUUCGAUUAUACUUGUA